UUUCCACAAAGAAGUUGCAAAUCUUAAAACUGAGCUUAUUGAAAAUAAUAAACAAAUCGCAAUACUAAAUAAAAGGUAUGCAGAUUUACUCGAUAAAUAUAAAAGAUUACAAAAGGAUUAUACUAUUCUUCACAAUGAUAAUGAAGCAUUGUUAGAAAAUAAUAGUGAUUAUUAUGUAGAACGUUGUCAUUUAUUAAUACAAGAAAAUGAUGUAUUAGUUAAACGA